AUGGAGCAGGAGCCACCUCCUCAACCCCAGGGCAGACUAUUGCUGGCACAGAAGCCGAAACGAACCGUAACCCUGGGUGCAUGUGUUGCAUGUAGAAAGAGAAAGUCAAAGUGCGAUGGCAGCCGUCCUGUGUGUACAUGCUGUGUCCAAAAGGUCACCAGUUGCGUGUAUGAGCUAGGUCCAAACGAAAAGCCCUCCCAGGCCAUGAAGCGAAAGAACGAAGAGAUGCAAGGCGAGCUUUCGAACCUUCGUCAGCUCUACGACUUUCUUCGGUUACGCCCAGAGCAGGAGGCCAUGGAGAUUAUGAGGCGUAUCAGAGCAAAUCCCCCAGACACAUCACAAUCCCAACGCAUACAAGAGUUGGCAGAUUUCGUCCGCCAUGGAGACAUGCCUACCCAGCAAGCCUCUUCCGUCCCAUCCUCUCCACAUCACCAAGAGCUCGGGCAAUCCGUGACUCUGCCCCCACUUCGUCUGGCUCUGGCCUUGGACUCACCCAGCGAUUUGGACCCUCACAACCUUCCUUUGCCUGGUAUAUUGUCCAUGGGAGUAGAUGGGCCGAUCAGCCAGCGUAGGAGAUAUACCUCAGAUACGGAGCUUCCAGUUCGCUCAGAUAGCCAAGGCUCUCUUCCGCCUCCUACCUCAAUUGAGGCUAUCCUACAACCCCCUUCAUCUUCUUUUGUAGACGCUGCUUUUACAGAUCCCCGGCUAGCGUCAGCCAAAAACUGGACGACAGUAACCAGCGAUCCCAAUAUCCUAUUAACCCUCUUCUCUGCAUGGACUACGCGCGAGUUCUGUUAUUAUCAUUACCUGGACCGAGACGCUUUCCUUGAUGAUAUGGCAAGUGGGCGAACUGAUUUCUGUUCGGCACUUCUUGUCAAUGCAUUGCUAGCAUCUGCUUCCUUCCAUUCGUCAGCGGUCAAAGAUCGACAAAAACCAUUUUCUGAGAGGUCAUUGACCACCAUGUUCUACAAAGAAGCCCGGCGACUCUGGGACCUCGAACAAGGUAAAGACAGUUUGACUAAAGUGCAGGCCGGUAUCUGUCUCUUUCUGGUGCUUGGGAAGUAUGGUCGAGACAAAGUUGGCUAUACUUUCCUCGAAGAAGCAUGCCGAACUGGUCGCGACCUCGGUCUCUUUCAGUCCCAGGCCGGAGAAGCCAGCUGGAAGACCUUGAACGGACCCCACGAGAGGUGGGAUAAGGUUCGAGCCGUGACUGCUUGGACGCUUUUCAACUUCCAAUUAUCUAUGUCUUUUACCUAUUCAUUCCCAGUCAUCAUAAAAACGCUGCCUCCUAUGGAGAUCCCAUAUCGGGAAUCUCCUACGGAGGAAGCUCUCUUUCGUUCAGAAUGCAUGAAGCAUAUUGUCAUUCUCGACUACGUCAAUAUGCUUCGAGGCGAUAAUGAUCUCGACAACAAGAAUCAGCUAGAACCGGAACAAAUUGAAGCCUGCUACCUUAGAUUAACAUCUUGGUGGGACACGCGACCACCAGACAUACACCCAGAUAAGGCCCCUUCCAUUGAGAAUCUACUCUGCGCCAUGAUGUAUCAAGUAAACAUCGUCAGUCUGUUCCAACCAAUUCUUGAUGCCGAAAGCCCCGUCGAACAGAUUAGCUUGUACCGUCUUCGCGCGCGCUCCAUCACGUCCGCCGCACUAAGAGAGACACGGCGCCUCUUCGCCAUCCAAGAGAUACGCUAUGGCUGGGCAAAUACCAUCACGCUGAUCCUCCAUCCUCUUUCAGUCGCAAGUUUCGGAACUCUGGAUGAGAUCUUGCUCGAGCGCCCAGGAUCAACUACCAUGGAAAUGAGCGAACCAUAUCAAGGCCUGCUAACAUGUCUGCGGGCACUGAGCAGCUUAUCAAGCUACAGCUACUACGCGCAGCCGCUUUUUCGAUUGCUCACUCAAAAGUGCCAGACUCUCGGCGUCCAACUACCUCUUGAAGUUCAAAGUACGCUGGAGUUCUACAGGAGUGAGGAGUGGACGAAGCAUGCUGCGAACAUGGUUAGCAGCCAAUAUAUUGCAGACACGCGCAAGAUGGUCACAGAUGCGGAGAGCGCGACCAUGGAUGCAGUCAUCUCUGCUUGGGAAGGGCUUUCAUUAGAUGAGGCAGCAAAGGGCAAGGGAAGAUUAGGCUAA